AUGUCCAUCUUUGGCGUCCUCUCUUCGGCACCCGUUCCCGUGGAAGUGAAAAGUACCUCCCAGGAAGACCCAAGAGUGAAGACCAAGAAGGAGUCUUCUCCUGAUCUUCAGCCAAGCAGGGCCUAUGGUCUGCCAUCCACAUCCACGGCCUGGGCAUCGCAGCAGCAGCAGCAGCAGCAGCAGUACAGAGCUGACGUCGUCCAGCAGGAAGAGCCAGAAGUCAGAAGCAACGAGAGAUACGAAGAUGGGCAGAAAGAAGCCUUGAGCCCGGGCAAAAAAGAAAAACAAAGUCAAGCACGCAAAAAGAAGCUGAAGCAGCAGCAGCAGCAGCAGCAGAAGCAGAAGCAGAAGAAGAAGAAGAAGAAGAAGAAGAAGAAGCUAAGAGGCGACCCAAGAGGAGAGAUAUAAGAAAGGCCUCGCUUUCCCCAGACUCGCCCCGGACUCUCCUCGGACUCGCUCUUCUUAAUCCAAUUCUACUCUACUCUUCUCUUCUCUUUCUCUAUAUCAUCACCAUCAUCUUCUACUAUCAUCACCAUCAACAUCAUCUUCUCGUCUUCUACCCUCCUGUAAGUAAAUGACAUCAUGUCGCCUGCUGUCCUC